GAGAGGACGACAAAUUUGAUUGGCCGAAGGAGUUCGUAAAGUUCUAAUGGCGGAUUCUCGCUGAAAAUGUGAAAUGCGUUUUGUUUUUGUUUAUUUCUGGAUUAAUCUGAGUUUAUAAAUGCAUUUAAUGUGAGCAGUUCCGCCUCUGAAAUGGCGACAUUAGUUUUGGAUAACGGAGCGUACACGGCGAAGAUCGGAUACAGCCAGGAGAAAGUCAGCGUCAUCCCAAACUGCCAGUUUCGCUCGAAGACGUCCAGGUUAAAAACCUUCACUGCAAACCAGCUGGACGAGAUCAAAGAUCCUUCGGGGCUCUUCUACAUCCUCCCCUUCCAGAAGGGUUACCUGGUGAACUGGGACGUCCAGAGGAAGGUGUGGGACCACCUGUUUGGAAAGGAGAUGUUUAAGGUGGAUUUUGCAGACACGAGCGUCGUCAUCACCGAGCCCUACUUCAACUUCACCUCCAUUCAAGAGUCCAUGAACGAGAUCCUGUUUGAGGAGUACCAGUUCCAGUCGGCACUCAGGAUCAAUGCCGGCUCUCUUAGUGCUCAUCACUACUUCCACACAAACCCCUCCGAGCUCUGCUGCAUGGUGGUGGACACCGGGUUCUCCUUCACCCACAUCGCCCCCUACUGCCGCAGCAGGAAAAUGAAGGAGGGCAUCCGCAGGAUCAACGUGGGAGGGAAGCUGCUGACCAAUCACCUGAAGGAGAUCAUCUCUUAUCGUCAGCUGCAUGUGAUGGACGAGACUCACGUGAUCAACCAGGUGAAGGAGGACGUGUGCUACGUCUCGCAGCAGUUCUACAAGGACAUGGAGAUCGCCCAGGCCAAGGGCGAGGAGAACACGGCGAUGAGGGAUUACGUGCUUCCAGAUUUCAGCUCCAUUAAGAAAGGCUUCUGCAAGCCCCGUGAGGAGAUGGUCUUCAGUGGGAAGUACAAAACAGGAGAGCAGAUCCUGAGGCUGGCCAACGAGCGCUUCGCCGUCCCCGAGAUGCUCUUCCACCCGUCCGACAUCGGGAUCCAGGAGAUGGGAAUCCCAGAGGCCAUCGUCCACUCGGUGGAGUCGCUGCCUGAAGAGAUGCAGCCGCACUUCUACCGGAACGUCGUGCUGACCGGAGGGAACACGCUGUUUCCCGGCUUCAGAGAGCGGCUGGAGGCGGAGCUGCGGGCGCUGGUCCCCGCCCACCUGCCCGUGUCUGUCGUGUUUCCUGCAAAUCCCGUCUGUUACGCCUGGGAGGGCGGGAAGCUGCUGGCUCAUAACCCCGACUAUGACGAGAUGGUGGUGAUGCGGGAGGACUAUGAGGAGAACGGGCACUGCAUCUGCGAGGAGAAGUUCGACAUUUAGGAGUUCAAACUGAGCAGAAACAUCGAUAGUGAUGAUUUGACUUAUUCCACUUUCACACGUGUCCUGCUACCACGGCAACAGUGUGUGUAAAGUGUGGAGUCUGGGUGGGGCAGGUUUACAGGUGGGUGGAGACUGAGGGUCCCCAAACCUGCAGGUCUGGAUGCUCCUUGGACGGCGUGCUCGGGGCAUUCAAACCACUGCUGCUGUUCCUGACGUUUAUCCCCGAGAACCUGCAGCAGCCGCCUGCCUCCACCUCUGCUGGCUCAGUGGAGACGGAGGUGUGCCCGCCGCCGGGAGAUCAAAGGCCCAGGGUCGAAGUCAUGGCUCAUAAAUGUGAUGUUUCAGCUCUUUAUUUAAA